AUGCAACCAAAUCACUGCGACCUUUUAGGUCAGGUGCGUGAGCCCAGAGCCGCAAGUCGGAUGACGCGCGAUGGCCAGCCGCUUGAUAGUGGUCAGCCCCAGCCAUCCGGUGCACCCAUAAGAUCAGAGGAUUCAUGGAUUGACGUGUCGUCGCAGCCGUCAUCAUCGUCCUUCUCCUCGGCUGCUACCAGUGAUGAUAUAAUAACUACCGGUUUACGGGUCGAGCAGGGCGAGGUAGGUGCAUAUCAACGCCGUAAUCGUCGACGUCGCCUACAACAUCUCGCUGCUAUCACUACAGCGCAAGUGGCUUAUGCAUCGCACGAUGCCAGUCAAGCCAGCAGCAGCCAAGAAGAAUAUGAAGAAAGCGAAAGCGAGUCCGAUCGAGUGCUCAGCAGCUCAAAUGAAGAGAUGCCUCACCGAACCUUCCCUACUGGCUUACCGAUGCGCUCUGAACCACCCUCGUCCAGCUCUGAUGCUGCCUCCAGUGACGAUGAAGAUGAUACCUCCACUGCCCUGGGAAUGGGAAUUAGCCCGUCCCCAUUUGUACCUCAACCUAACGUAUUCACGCACCCUCCAGCCACCUCAGACACCUCGUGGUCUCGUCAUCCUGAUACCCGCCAUCAAGCCAAUGUAUCUACCUCCAGUCGACAAACAACGAUUCGAAGAGAGUCAUACCCCAGUUCACGAUCAUCACGAAGGAAUCAACAUCAGCACAGCCCUUAUAACAUGAUCUCACCCUCUCAUCAUGCAGAUCAUGAUGCCGCUCUUCGCGCUAGUCUUUCAACCCUUCUAUCAUGUGCCGCUGCCGCAAGAGGCUUACCAAAGAAUGACAAUCAACCAUCAGCCUCACCGGCUGCUCCCCAAUCUACUGCUCAACCCUCUGCAUUCCGUCUUGUUGGUGAAUCGGUUGCAAUGGGUGAAGAGAGCGGUGACGAGGAAGUCCGAUCUUCCCCUCAAUACCCCCAGACGAGUCCAUCGAUAGGUGAUCCAGGGGGAGAUACACGCCCACCGACAAUGCCAUCAAGCCCAGCUGUCGCUAAAUCAAAGUGUCGUUCAAGUUCACCCAAAGACCGCAGUGCCGCGAAGAAAAGCCGCCGGGCAACAAUGGCAGAUUCGACAACGCCUGUCAGCCCCACAAUCAUGACUUGGGUCAUCAGUGCGGGCGUUGUAGUUUUAUUCUCCGCAAUUAGCUUUUCUGCAGGGUACAUGCUCGGUCGCGAAGUUGGCCGAACCGAGGUAGGCAUGAUGGGAGACAGCGUUUCUGGCCCCCAGUCAUCGACUUCGUGUGGCCAGGAAGCAGUCCGUGGCGGUCUCCGAAAACUCCGCUGGGGAACCGCCGCUGCAGGAACUGCCAGCCUCGCAUAA